AUGGAGAAGCAAUCUAAAAAGAAGAUCACUUGGUCAAUUAAGGAUUUAUCCUCUUUGAAACUGUCGCAGAAAACUUAUUCUGAUCAAUUCAUAGUCGGUGGAUGCAAAUGGCGUCUUUGUGCAUAUCGGGGUUUGUUUGAUGACAUGCUAUUGUUUUUGGAAGUCGUUGAUCAUAGAUCCUUGCCUUGUGGAUGGAGACGACACGCCCGAUAUCUCCUAUAUCCAGUAACUCAAAGCUCCAUACAACAACGUUUUGAUGAAAAUGGUGAUUACAUUCUUCCCACUGCAAAGAAAGUAGAAAAGUGGUUUGAUGAGAAGUGUUUCCGCUGGAUAGGUCAAUCUAAGUUGUCCCUGAAUAAAAUUCUUGCCAAAGACGGCGGAUUUCUGGUAAACGGAGAGCUCAAAGUCGUUGCCGAGGUAGAGGUUCUUCAAGUUAUUGGCAAAUUAGAUGUGUCAGAGGAAACUUCAACGAUUAUGGAAACCAUUGACGUUGAUGGCUUUCAACUUCUCUCUUCACAGGUGGGAUUUGUGAGACGUAUGUUUGAAAGACAACCUGAGAUUGCGUCUGAAUUCCGUUCCAAGAACCCAAAUCUUAGGACAGGUUACAUGAGUUUGCUACUCGGUGUGAUUGAGACUCUGCGACAAUUGCCUCACGAGCUUCACAAGGCUGAUCUGGCUGUGGCAUGUGCUGCACUGAGAUCCAUGACUGACGCUGGAUUUAAGCUGGAUUGUUUGGAGAAGAAACUUGAUGAGAUGUCGGCAAAGACGGAGAAAGAGGAGGCUGGUGAGACUCGGAUCCAAGAAAUCGAUGAAGAGUUGAAAGAUUUGAAGCAGAAGUGCUCAGAUCUCGAAGCUGAGCUGGAGAAGAAGAAAGUAGAGGUUUCAGCCGCAAAAGCACCAAUCUCAUUCGAUGAUGUUAUCUGA